UUCGCUCAAUUUUAUUCGUGGUACUAGGUACAGUAUAGUUUACAAGCGAUACAAGACGAGUCAGUUUGGUUAGUCAGCAGAUUAAUUUAUACACUCAUGUGCCAGCUUGUUGAUGCUUCGCGCGACUAAUUAGCUUGCACUAAAUUUUGCUUACACGCGAACCAAACCAAGUCAGUACAGUCAGUGGAUCUUUUGUACAAAACCCCCGUUACUAAUCCAAGAUUUGAGAAAAACACGUAGUCAUCAUAGUAAUAUAAAUGUAUAAGAGAUAGCAGACCAAUAACCAGCGGUUACGUGAAACACCCUACGGCGGCGAGGAGUCCAGCAAUCCACUCGCACAUACCCAUCCCCGCAUAUAUCUGAAUCCAAUUUAUUAAUCAUGUUUAUGAUGUUACACUGCCCUGCUAGCUUGUGGGAAGUGAACAACGCUUGUCAUAAGAUCAAUACCCAAAUGUUUUGUGCUCGUAACUAAUAUAAAAGCCUAUGUUAAGUAAAGGGCGGUGCGUGGUUCUACCCAGUUAUUUGUAUCUGGCUCUCCUGAAUAGGCAAAGGGAAGAAUUCAAAGGAAAAGAUUGAGAGCAACUGGAUUAGUGGAAGUCAUAUUGUCAUAUAGUCAACUCUCACUGACCAAAAUGGAUUUGUCUAAUAACGAAAGUAUAUAUAACUUUGUACUGAAAGCACGUGAACGAAUAAACGGCCAUGUAUGGACGACUCCUUUGGAAUUUUCUGAUUCUUUAGCGAGAGAAACUGGAGCGAAUGUGUAUUUGAAAUACGAAUCAGAGCAAAUCAGCGGGACCAUGAAGGCAAGAGGUGCGUUUAAUAAAGUUCUCAAGGCGUCAGAAGGGAGGAGAAACCAAGAGGGUUGCAUGAAAAAAUUCUUUGCUGCCUCCGCUGGAAAUCAUGGAAUGGCAAUGAUGUACGCUCUGAAAUCACGGCCAGAAAAAUGUGCAGUUUACGUCCCAACAACCACACCUCAAGACAGAAUUGAUCGGCUCCUGUUGCACGGUGCUGAGAUUCAUAAGGAAGGAGACGAUAUGGCGGUAACGAUGACCCUGGCUAAACAAGCCGCAGAGAGAGAAAGUGGCAUCUUCGUUUCUCCUUGCGGAGACCCAGACGUGAUUGCUGGACAAGGCACAAUCGCAUUUGAGAUUCUUCAGGAUCUACCAAACGUUGAUGCCAUAUUUGUACAAGUCGGUGGAGGUGGAAUGAUCAGUGGAAUAUCUUCAUAUGCAAAACACGUUAACCCGAAAAUUCAAAUAAUCGGCUGUGCUCCGAUAAAUUCAAACGGAAUGGAAGAAUCAAUAAAAGCAGGAAAACCCAUCAAUAUUGAGAUCAAACAUUCGCUUUCAGCUCCAGGUAACAUCGGUCUCGACAGCAUAACUUUUCCAAUUUGUCAACGUAAUGUGGAUCGCUGGGUGAACGUUACUGAGGACGAGAUUGCUGAUGCCAUGUAUUUGAUGUUGGAUAUACAUCAUAAGGUUGUUGAAGGAGCGGCGGGAUGCGCUCUGGCGUCAUUCUUGAAGGUCAAGGGUGAUUUCAAAGGUCAAAAUGUCGCAAUCGUCAUAUGCGGAAGUAACGUUAGUCCCGACAUUUUGAAGAAGAUUAUCGACAGGAACUUAUAAAGGAUUCGGAUGACAAUAAAGUGAGAAGGCGAGAAUCAUCAAAUAUUAUGCAAGAUGACAAAAUGAUAUCGGUGGUUUAAUUCAAUUCCAAGCGAUAGACACAUAGCUAAAUACUUGGGAAUACAAGCUGAACUGAGAAACAGCGGUUACUGAUAGCACUCUCUAUGUCAGGAGUCGGCAACUUUUUGUCUCUCGCGGGCCAAAAUUAAGGGUUGCAAGUCAUUGGCGGGCCGCACAUAUUUUUAGAAAUUUGAAGACCGAAUGGAUGAUACCUUUUAUAAUAAAAAUCAAGCAGUGAUACAUCUCUCGAAUAGAAUAUAGAUUUAUUUCCGCAUUGCAUUGCAUCCCAAAAAAUUCCAUUUGAAUAUUUUCGGUGCUAUUGCACCCUUUGCGCUUAGCAUCAACUUUUCUGCGUUUUGUUGCCAUUUGUUUAAUUAUAAUUAAAUUAUAGGCUCAUUAAACGA